GCCAUACUAUAUAUAAAAUCUUCAGAGGGUUUAUAGGCGCGCGACAUAAACCUGGGGUAUCUUUAUCAAGAUUCAAAAAGAGAAAAGAAACGGAAGAAAAAACCAACCGCUACCAUGCUCCUUUGUCCCAAUGUCCAACACCGCCGCUUCCCAUCGUCAUCAGCCAUUAACAAUACUCUUCUUCCUCCUUUGCCAAAUCGCUCACCGCUCAAAAAAGACCAAAAACGCCGUUUCAUGAUAUACACAAACAUCUCCUCAACCCCAUCAUAAAUCAUCCUCCAAAAACCUCCUCAUCAACAAAUUAAACCUCGUAUCCCUGCCCCGCACCACCUCGGGCGUCAACUCCCUCAAAUACCUCUCCCAGGCCAUCUGACUCCAGGCAUGAUACGCCAGCUGGUUCGUAAACAAGCUGCCCCCAUGCCUCUCAAUCUCGCCCUCCCAGUACUUUGCCUUUUCCUUGUCCAACCUCUCAUGCAUCCAGUCAAUAUGCCUCCACGUCCAUGUCGGCCAGAAAAACGCAUCGGGCGCCAGGGCGCAAACCUCGCUUGGGUGCUCCUCGGCGAGCUCCUUUGGCAGAAUCACAGAGUGGUAAUUCCAUUCCUUGGAGAGGUCGGUGUUGUUAUAGGAUUCUAGCCACCUGGUGAGGAAAGUCGAGUUGGGCCGGGCGGCGAUGACGGCGUUGCAGAGACCCCAGCGGUUUCCGCCUUCUGCGCCGAGGAUUACAUCAUGGGGCGAGGGGUUGGCGAGGAUGUGGUCAAAGGGACGGAGGGCAAAGGCGUCGAUGUCGAGGUAGAUGCCUCCGUCUGUCAGGAGGGCUUUGAGGCGCAAUGUGUCCGAGACGUGAGCGUAGUGGUCGGAUGAGGAGGUGGGUGGGUGGUGGAUUAACGUGAUGUCUUUUGACAACCGACGAAUCCAAGGAUUGGUUAAUGGGUCGGCGUGGGGGUCCGGCGAGGGUGGUUCGGAGAGCUGAGGAAAUCAAAGUGACCUGCGCCCGGGUUGUACAGUGGGUUCUUCAGCCCGUAGUUGAAGUGAACAAUGUUUGGUAUUGGUUCGGAAUCGUCGGUGGUAUGGUGGUUGUGAUGGUGUUCAAACGAGGAAGACUGGCCGUUGAGGCAUGCCAGCUCGGCUUCGGUCGGGACGAAGGCUUGCUCGAUCCAUUUCUGACCCGAAAAUGGGUUCGUCUGUCUCACAUGGUCCCCGAAUCGGUAGAGGUAGGGCGCGGAUAUGUAGAUGACUAUGCAGCCGUAGAUGAUAGCGACGAGACGGUAGGCAUUGCGCGACACGAUCAUCUUCUCGGUUUUCGGAUCGCGUCGUCGAUGUUAAAGGUCGUCGAGUGA